AUGAACGGCUGCGGGAGCGACAUAUCCCACUCCCAGCGGCGCUUCCUCGUCGGUGGCGGCGGCGGGCUCACGUUCUUCUGCCCGGACGAGGCGUGGCAGGGGCUCGUGGACCUCAUGUCCAAGAACGGCUGCGGGAGCUUCGCGGGCCUCCUCUCCGCGACGGCGAACGCGGCCGAGAUCUUCCACGAGCACCUCCUCGGCGGCAGCGGGCUCACGGUCUUCUGCCCCGACGACAAGGCCGUCGCCGCGUUCGACCCCACGUUCCGGACCCUGGCCGCCGACGACCGGCUAUCCGUCCUGCUGUACCAUGGCGUGGCGGCGUGCUACGGCAGGGAGCGGUUCAAGGGGUUCAACUAUGUGUCGGUGAACACGCUGGCGGAGGACGCGGCGACGAAGAAGAACCAACCCAUAACAGUCCUUGACGAAGGGGGCGCACUCGAGCUGUGGCCGGCGCCGCCGUCGUACCCGAACGGCGCUGCAUGGGUGACCAAGACGGCGUCGGAGGAGGCCCCCCCUCGCCGUGUACCGUGUACGUGGUGGACGCCGUGCUGCUGCCGAGCACGCUGGCGUGCAUCGGGUAUCUGGGUUGGCUGCGCUGCUGCAUCGCCCUAUUCCCGGACUGGAUUGUUCCGGUCAGCAUCAGCUGUGUGGCAGGGAGUGUGGUGGGCGUCCUGCUCGGAGUUCUGA